AUGCUGCAGGGAGUAAGGGAGAUGGUGACAAGGAAGUGGCCUUUAGAUGAUUAGUGGUCAGGGGAGGGCAGGGUCACAUAUCAUAUCACCUUACCAGCGGUGCCAAGCCUGUGCAAGCAAGGUGGCAGGGCAGCCUCCGAUGCUGACUCCUCUGUCAUGGUCCUGAGCUGUGGGGUCCAACUGCUACUGAUAUAGGUCUAGACUGCAUUGGAACCACAGAAACUAUGGAAGUGCCCCUUUAAAGUAUCUGGAUUACCAGCGAUAACCGCCAUAUUGUUACUAUGGUUACACAGGCUGAAAUUGUAACUGAAGCUGUUGAUGCUAAUGGAGAUGAAGAGACUCAGGAAGACGCCUGCAAGCCUGAGGAUCAUGCUAUAGCUCAAAACACACCUCCUGACUCGAAUAGCAAAAAGAAUAUUCGUCCAACAGCUGAGAAGCAAAAACAUGAUGUUUCAACUACUGAACGUCAUGCACGGAAAAUGGCCCAUCAUACAGCAGUCAACCCAGAUCGCCUGAAACAUGCCAAAGCCCUGGUAGAGAAAGCAAUAAAGCAAAAAAAAAUCUUCGCUAUCCAUGGCCCUUACCCUGUGAUCCGGAGCUGCCUGCGGAGCAGGGGAUGGGUGGAGAAGAAGUUCCCCAAGAGCGGCAAAGCUAAGCAGAAAAAGGAGAAGGCUUCAGAUGAGGACAUGGAGGACGAUGAUGGAGAUGGGAGCAGCAACGAUGAUGAUGAUGGCGAGAAUAGCGAUGAAGAGGAAAAUGGUGAUCCUGAUGGGACCUGUGAUCUCAUGUCAAGGCUUUUACGCAAUGAAGACCCCAACUUUUUCUGGACAACAAAACGCGAUGCCGUAGAUUGUCGCUUCCUGAAAAAGGAUCAGAUGCUGAACCAUUAUGCCAAGGCUGGGUCAUUCACAACCAAAGUGGGCUUGUGCCUCAAUCUAAGGAACCUGCACUGGUUUGAUGACGCUGAUCCUGAUUCCUUUUUCCCACGUUGCUACCGACUGGGGGCAGAAGAUGAGAAGCAGUCGUUCAAAGAGGAUUUCUGGCACACGGCUGCCCGAAGUAUUCUGAAACGAGUCGCAAACAGACGCGAUAUCUGCUCCCCUGCUGCGACCGGAGGAGCUAAAGCUAGCCACAGAGAGCCGGGUGCGAACAAUGGGGCCCAACUAUUAGAUUCCUCUCCGGUAGCUAAAAGGGGGAGCCGAAAGCGCGCAGAAAGCGUCCCAGUUCAGAUCAUUCUGACUGCCCUCGAGGCCUGUGAGAGGUACCUGAACAGCUUGGAACACAAUGACAUAGACAUGGAGACAGAGGCUACUCCGGCCAUGACAGAUACUCAGUGGGAAGAAUUCCUGCAUGGCUACUAUCAGGUCAUACAUGAUGGUGCCACCAUAGAGCACUCAGAAUACUACGUAGACCAGUGCAGUGAAGUUCUGCAUAAACUGGAGGCAGUGAACCCACAGCUGGACAUUGAAGGCGGACGGAACAUCUGGAUAGUAAAACCAGGAGCCAAAUCCAGAGGAAGGGGUAUAAUCUGCAUGGAUCGCCUGGAGGAGAUUUUAAAGCUUGUGGACUGCGACCCAAUGAUUGUCAAAGAUGGAAAGUGGGUGGUGCAGAAGUACAUUGAGAGGCCACUCCUAAUCUUUGGAACCAAAUUUGAUGUGCGCCAGUGGUUCCUGGUAACCGAUUGGAACCCUCUAACCAUCUGGUUCUACAAGGAAUGUUACGUCCGUUUUUCAUCACAGCCCUUCUCCUUGGAAAACCUUGACACCUCCAUACACCUGUGCAACAACUCCAUACAGAAGCACUAUGAGAAUUCCCAGAGCCGUCAUCCACUGGUGCCUACGGAUAACAUGUGGUCUAGCAGACAGCUACAAGUGCACCUCCACAAGCUGGGGGCACCCCACGCCUGGGAAGCGGUGAUUGUGCCGGGCAUGAAGGCAGCCAUAAUCCAUGCCAUGCAGAGUGCCCAGGAUAUAGUCGAGUACAGGAAAAGCAGUUUUGAGCUGUAUGGUGCUGAUUUCAUGUUUGGGGAGAAUUUCCAUCCCUGGCUGAUCGAGAUCAAUGCCAGUCCCACAAUGGCAGCGUCAACAACAGUGACCAGCAGACUCUGUGCCGAAGUCCAAGAAGACACCCUACGUAUCGUUCUAGACAGGAAACUAGACCGGAACUGUGAUAUAGGAGCAUUUGAGCUCAUAUAUAAACAGUGUGCAGUCGACAUCCCUCAGUACCUGGGAAUAAAUCUGUUAGUGGAAGGAUCAAUGGUCAAAAAACCCCGUCAGCUACAGCAACCCAACCCCAAUGGGGCCUUCAAUUUCUCCAUCGUCCAAAGUAACAAGAGGUCUGUCUCACUGUUAAACGCUAAGACCUCCGGUUCAAACCCAGGCGUCGGCAGCCAGGACUCGGUUAAGGUGGCUGUCCCAACCCGUACGGCUCCUGCGGUAAUGGGCAAUGAUUUCUGGACUUCUAGAACCCACGGCACAAUCGGCAGGGCAAAGACAACAGCAGCUGGCAAAGAGAAUAAGGCGGCGGAGGGGGGGCAGAGAAAUUCAGUGAUGGUGGAACUUGUUAGACUUCCCAGCAAGCGAGCGCUGGAACAAAGCAAAGAAGGAACCAACCCGAGGCAACGCCUUUUUCCUGCGCCUAAAUCCUGCACAUUGGAAAAGCCAAUCAGAGUGAGGCAGCCAAUAAGGCUCAAGAAUGGCGGGUUUGUGGACCUGAAAUUUACAAGCUUGGACUCUGGCCAAGUGCAGCUCCUAAGGAAUAUGAAAACAGGGAUGACAGAUCCUAAUAAGAUGCCCUGUUUAUUUUGUAAGGGUCCCUCGUCUCUGACCGGCCUGCAUGCAAUGUGCUCCUGUUCUAGGGCUGGGAAACAGGCCGCUAAACCCACUUGCCUCAAACUAUCCAAGAGAAUUAUUAUUGGCAAGUUUCAUGGCAGCUCUGCUGCGCUCUCUGCUCGGGGAACAGCAAUCCUCACCUCCCUCUUGCCCUGAAAACAACCCAGUGCAGGAAAGGAUCACUGAACAUGGCACCUUCCCCUAUAAACCAGUCCCGACACAGUGGGGCUUGCACUAUAAGUUCCCUUUCACUCAAAAAGUCACUUUUAUCAGGAGCAAAUUACCCUGCCAGUAAGUUACUGGAGAGCAGGCAAAAACCAAAGGGGAACCCACCCAGACAUGGGGAGACUGAACCACCUCCGAUAACACCCUGAUCAGAACUGAACCAUGCAGAACAGCAGUGCCAGCCACUGAGACACCCACAGAGCUACUGGAACCAGUGUUUACCUUCUCCUAAACUGCCACUCAUUGCAAGAGAGAAUUCAUUGCGACAAAAUGCUAAAGAAGAUUAGAAAAAAAUAUAUAUUACUAAAUACUGUGAAGCCAUGAAUACACUGUGAAUACACCUUACUAAGGGUGCUCAGGGAUGUCACUUUCACUUGACCCAUAAUAACCCACAGGCAAUAUGAAUAAUGACUAGCCCCUGGAAAAUAGGUACCCCCAUAUCCACAGACAGCUCCUUGGGGAUUGUUAUUAAAGCUCAUCUGUAUCACAAGCAGAGUAGCAUUGGGUUUGCCCUCCUUUGGCUGCGUUAAAAUGCUCAUUCUCCUAAACUGUUAUUCCAUAUGGCAAUAGGACUGUUAAAAAGCUCACCAAUACCACGUGGGGACUUGGUGUAUAAAAUAUUACGUACUGUCAAUAUGAAUGAAUGUUGUUACAACAGCGCUACCUGCUGGUCAGGAAGUUGUCAGGAGAAAGAAAGAGGGCUUGUCUGAUGUUCUACUGGUUAGAAAGACAUCAGAAAUCUCAGCUAACUUUUUCUACGACUUUCCUAACCAGAAUAACAUCAGACCAACCUUCUUUCUUUCUCCUGACAACUUCCUCGACUGGAUCACAGUCAGAAACUGACCAGCAGGUGGCGCUGUUGUAACAAAAUUCAUUAAUAUUGACAGUACACAUUUCCCUUAAUAUCCACCAUAAGAAAAUUAAUGUAAAUUGCAAAAAUGCUUAGAACAGCACUCUCAUCAAUUUUACAUUAAUGUAUCUUAAUGGUCUAUAUAUGCAAUCCAUACUAAAGUUUCAGAGGAUCCCAUUCAGGUGUUAUAAAGAAGAAGGAAGUUUUAUUAUACAUUAUGUAGGGCCCACCAAAGAGUUAUGCGUUUCAUGCACACAGCACUAAAUGAAGAUGAAGUGCCUAUGAUUGGCUGUAUUCUGCGCUUUCUAUCUAGCCUAUGUUUGAGUGCUGUUUGUAUAGAACAUGCUUCACACUAUGGCAUGUCCUACAUUUUUUAAAAAUAAAGCUUAUUUCUGACCUAUGGUCAUUCAACCAA